CGCUUUGGGAAGCGAAGAAGCGUAAUAAAUCAGCUGCGGUCAAUCAUAUUAAUUAGCGUCCCUGAGCAAACGUUAAUUUUCGCUUAGAAAUUUUAGGUCACGUUGUAUUUCUUGGUGGGGAAAACAAUGUCACCUCCAGUUACACGAGCGAACUCCAGACACGCGUUAGUUCAGAAGGCCGAGGUGCCGUAUUUACUCCGGUCCAGAGUGCCCUUAGGAAACGCGUCUAAUGUGAUUGGCGUUAACAGAGGUGCAGAUGUGCCAAAGAGACAAAAAGCUGCACGCGUUAAGCAAAACGCAAAAGCCAAGCGUCCAGCAGCCAAAGCUCAUCCAACAGAGAAUGAGAGCAUCUCUGAGGUGUGUGACUCGGUCAAGCAGCCAGUUCCAUACACUGAUGUUUGUCAGGAUUCAGAGCAUCUUCAGAAACAGACUGAUGCUCCUCAGGCUUUCUCCAGCCUGUUGCUCAACAUCCCAGAUGUGGAUUCUGCUGAUGCUGGUGAUGCUCAGAUGUGCAGUGAAUAUGUGCGCGACAUCUACGCUUAUUUACAACAGCUUGAGGUUUCAAUGGCCAUCAGACCACGUUAUCUGGAAGGUCAGGAGGUGAGCGGUGACAUGCGUGCGGUUGCCAUCGACUGGCUCAUGCAGGUGCAGAGAGAGUUCAAACUGCGGCAGGAGACCCUGUUCAUGACCGUCAGCAUCACUGAUGGCUUCCUUCAGAAUAACCCGGUGCCCAAGAAGUAUUUGCAGCUGGUCUGUGUGACUGCAAUGCUGAUCGCAUCAAAGUAUGAAGAGAUAUACCCGCCCACAGUGGGAGACUUUGCAUUUGUGACUGACGGCGCGUACACCUGUGGAGACAUACGCCGAAUGGAGAGAAUCAUCCUAAAGCGCUUAAAUUACAGCCUCGGGAGACCUGUACCUACUCACUUCCUACAGAGAGCUUGUAAGGUUGGCCAGGCCAGUCCGAGGGAGCGUGAGUUGGCGUCAUUCCUGAUGGAAGUGGCUGUACUAGAUUAUGAUCUGGUCCACGUUCCCCCGUCCCUCAUGGCAACGGCUACGUUUGCAGCAUCUCUGAGGAUUCUUGGCUCUGGCCAGUGGAGCGAGAGUCUAGAGCGUUACACCGGCUACAGCGAGGAGACUUUAGCUCCAGUGAUGCAGGCUGUCAUACGGAUGCUGGAAAAGGUUACUGACCAAUGCAAGUUGCAGGAGAUAAAGACUAAGUAUGUGGAGAUUUCUUCAAAGAUCCGCAAGGUUGACUUCUAAGGAUUCUCCAGUGAUCUUUUGUGCAAAGAUCUGUUUUAGUUUUGAGGCACUUGAAGAGUUUUUAGGCACUUACACUGAUUUUAAUCAGGUUUUAAUUAUGCUUUUUAAUCCCAUAGUUUUGUUCAUCGGACUGCAUGCUCAGUAGUUUACUAUACUGUAUCAAUGUAAGCCAGUGAAUGAACUGAUGUAUUUAAUGUAAAUCUGCAUUUGAUACUAAGACUGUCAAUAAAUUAAUAUUCAUUUGA